AUGAUGGGCCUCGCGACAGCAGGAGGAGGGGGAGCGGUGCCCGACUUCGGCGCGCUCUUUGGGGCUGGCAAGCAACCAGACAUGCCCUGGAAGUGGGAAGCACCAGCUCGGGUUGCGCAGGCCCCGAAACAGGCUCCAAAGCAAUCGCCAUCGAAACUUUCCAAGCUGCCCCAAUGGCUCCUAAAGUCCAAUCAGUUCGCCGUUGACUUAAACCCACCGCAAGAGAUCGAUCCUCUCUCAAGCUUCGAGAAGCGGCUGCGCAAAGCCUCCGACAUCGACCAGAUACGAGCGUUGAUGCGCGAUUUCAAGGCUCACGAAGCGCAUACCGGACUGUUCAGCCGGAUGGCCUUUGAGCGUCUGUGCGGGAGAGUAUCUUUCGAGAUCCUCGUUGAGUUCGUACAAGAUCCGAUGUUGAGUCUUCCUGAGGCCAACUUGUUGCGGAAGCUGGUCAGACAGGCCUUAAAGAUUGGAUUAUCGGCGCAACAGUACGGCCUCCUUGUUUCCACUCUCGAGAGCGCACUCGUCCUCGGCACAGUAGAAGACGCUAGCAUCAUCGACUUUCUGGACAGAAUCAAAGCUCUGUCAAAGCUGGCUUACAAGGGUGGCUGGUACGACCGACGCGUGCACGCAAUACAGGGAACCGACGCGUUGCUGGCCGAAAACGAGCAGUUAAACGCUUUAGCGAGGACCUAUACAUCGAUCUGGCGCGGAUUGUGUUCGUGCCGAAUACGGUCGACUGACGACAUAGGUGCAGGUGUGCUCCAAAGGCUUGCAUGGGACGUCUCCUUCGUUCCGCGCGGGCUUAUGCCAGCAGACGUGAAAAUGGCUAUCUACCGGUCCGCGUUUCCUUCGGAAAAAGAACACCCAGAGCCUCCGAUGUGCGAGCGGCUGGUCGCUUGGGUUCGCCAGUCCUCUCAGUCGGUAGAGGGCAAUGAUGCGCUUCGAGCCGUCGUGGUUGACGUUCUACGUGAGGCAACUCCUACUGCUAUUCACGACUGGAAAACAUCUGUCACUCUAUCCAUAGCUGAGGAUGCAAUGGCGAGUGACCCCGACGAACCCUCGUCGGGACUGGUCCUUGACUCGUGGCUAGCAUCUCUACGGAAAUGCUGGCAUCUAAGAGAGCCGUCGGACUGGUACCCUGUGUAUGACACGAUAGCGUCUCGACUUCCGCCUGUCAUGAUUGUUCAUCAUCUGUCCACUACAACCGAAGUAGACGCCGCCCGCAUUGUGCUCCGGCACUGGAUCGCUUCGAUCUUAGCACCUGCAGUAUUCAAGAGGUCAGCGGAACGCUUUGAGCACUACCUGGCUAGGCAUGCCAACGCUCGUUUUCGACAGGCCGUACCCCGUACGUACCUUGUCCGAGCAUUAGUAGAGCCGUACUAUGAUUCAGGAAGAGAAAAAGACGACGCCCUUCGCAAUGCCCUUCUCAUGGUUAAGGGGUUGUUCCAGCAGCUCGACCACUAUCGGCUUCGCCCUAAAUCAGACCGAGAUCCUGAGAAUGAGGCUUACUUCAGCAGAGACGCCGCCAUAGUAGCAGUCCGAACGCACUUCCAGAGUAACCCCGUAGGAGCUGCAGCGCUGUCAUCACAACUAAUGAGUUCCUGGCUCGACACCGUGCCGGAUCUCGACAUCCGCGCCGUCGACGGCGGUCUCCGCUACAUCACCGAACUCACCGACCUGCUCAACGACAUCGCCAUCAGAUCAUCCAAGGCAGCCGCGACCUCCGCAUGCGCCGCCUCGUCCGAGCCCCCAGAACCCUGGCACGACCUCGUCCACAUCCUUGCCUUCGCCUUCGCCCACGACGCGCGCUACACGCAACGUCAAAGCUUCCGCCGCGUCUACGACUGCUACCGCUUCCUGCGCACCCGCAAGGGAAAGCGAGGCCUGCAGCCCAUGCUCACGAAAGCGCUUGUCUGGGCUGGAGUCAUCCGCCCGCUGCAAGAGGACCAGUGGGUUAGUACCGUCAAGUUCACCUGGAUACUGCGUCAGGUACGGGAGGUUGAGGGCGACGCGGUGGCGGAUCAGCUGGACGCGCUUGUGUAUCAGUUGCGGGGACAGUUCAUUGAGAAGGCUGCGAGGGAGGGGAAGGGGAAGGGGCUGGAGGUUGAGCCGAGGGAUGGUACUGAGGAGGGGCAGCAGCGGUGGAGGGAGAGGAAACGGCAGAAGUUUAGGCAGGGGGUGUGGGUGAUACCCAGGACGCGGGGGAAGGGAAGCGGCUCCGGUCGAACCGUCUUGCAAGAGUUGGAAGACGUAGCCGCUUGA